AUGGCGGGUGUGGACGAUGAACCACCUGCAGGAGUCCAUCAUUAUUACACCAGAGAAGAAGUUCCUUCCGACAUCCUGAACUACUGGGCUCAGCGCUACAAGAUAUUUUCUAAAUAUGACGACGGUGUCUGGUUGACUGACGAUGCCUGGUUUGGCGUCACACCUGAGCCAAUCGCCAAGAAAAUAGCACAGCACAUGGCAAACGCUGCUCCAAAGGACAGAACCAUACUAGUUGACGCUUUCGCUGGUGUUGGUGGUAACACGAUCGCCUUCGCACAGUCCGACAGAUGGAAGAGAAUAUAUGCCAUUGAGAAAGACCCUACUGUUCUCCAGUGUGCGAAACAUAAUGCCAAAUUGUAUGGCGUGGAGGAUAAAAUUACAUGGUUCGAGGGUGAUUGUAUGCAAAUCAUCAAACAUCAAUUGAGUUUAUUGGCAUCGUACAGCGUCGUUUUUGCCAGCCCGCCUUGGGGAGGCCCAGGAUAUCGUGCUGAUGAUGUGUUUGACCUAUCGACUAUGCAACCAUACUCGCUUGGUACUCUUUAUGCCGAGUUUUCGGCAUUCACUGAACACAUGGCGCUGUUCCUACCCCGAACAUCUGACCUGAAACAGCUGGCUACAAUAGUUGACAACAGGAAGAAGGCGUUAGUCAUGCACUAUUGUAUGGAUGGGGCAAGCAAGGCGCUAUGUAUUUACACUGGAGGCUUUAAUGAGAAAUGGAAAUGA